UGGCAGGGGAACAGCCAUCAUGACUACCAUGAAUGAAGAGGAUCUAAGCGAGUAUUUCCGCAUGCAGUAUGGACAGAAAUUGCUGAAAUUGUUGAUGAAAUUCCCAGUGUCAGAGGAGCAGUCUCCAUCUCCUUCCAUUCGACUCCUGGAAAAAAAGAAAGAGGCCAAAUUGGUGCAUCAGGCCAUGGAAGCUCAAAAGGAGGCAUUUAAAACAAGAAUGGAAUCCCUAAACAACAGGUGGGAAGAACUUGGUGCAAAAGAAGUCCAGCUGAAAGCAUAUAUUAGGAAAUUUGAGCAAUUCAUACAGGAGAAUGAUCAGAAACGGAUCAGAGCUCUGAAGAAAGCCAACAAGGAACGAGAACUGAAGAAGCAGCGGGUGAAGGAGCUCGCCAAGGUCAAGAUAGAGAUAACAGCUCUGAGACAGCAGCACCAGAAGCUCUACAACAAGCUACAGCAAUACUCUAUCUUCAACAAAUACCUGGAGAAGGUGGUGGCGGUCUCCGAGUUUGAAGAAAUCCGGGAAGUCAUUGGACGUUAUAAAACUCUAGUUGGGAUGCAUCGAGAUCUCGUGCAGUCAGCCCAGGAGGGGCUGGAAUUGAUUGAACAAGCCAAGGUCCGCCUGGCCCGCUACAAGGAGGAAAAGGAUGAUGAGAUUCUGCAGCACAACAAUGAGCUGGCACGCCUGCAGCUGCGCUUUGACCAUGCCCGCAGUGAUGUCAUCGUCUGGGAGUCCCGCUGGGCUCACAUCCAGAAUACUGCUGCUAAAAAGACACUGAUGCUGGGCACCAUCAAGAUGGCCACACUGAAUCUUUUCCAGAGUGUAAGCAAGCAGAUGAAGGAAGCUUUAAUGGUGCCUCUGGAGGACACUCACAGGCAGCUGGAUAUGAUCCAGCAAUUUAUCCAAGAUCUGUCAGACAUCUGGGCAGAAGUGAAGAAGAAAGAGCAAAAUCGAUCACAAACAGUGAUUUCCAAGGAAAUGUAG